ACAUUCAAAUAAAGAUUUUGCAACGUUCGAAUAAAAGAAUAAACCGAUAAUUUGUAUAUCAGAAUUAAAAGAAAAAUCGAAGUUUGGGAAAGAGAACUCGAAAUUACUGAACACAAGACGAAAGCAAUGGAAAAAUUUCAAGUUGGAGAUGGUCAUGUAAAUGAAUUGGAAGAGAAGAUUUCCGAGGAUCAAGAAUUAAAACAUAUUGAAAAUAUGGAAGAAGAUUCAGAGUUAACAUCAGAACACGAAUCUGAAUUACUUCUGAACGAUUUGAAGAAUAAAAGUGAUUACUUUGAAAUUACGUAUCAAAGUAAUUUCAAAUCGAUUAUGGAAGAUAUUUACAGUUUAAAGAAAAUAGUAAAUUCACUUAUUGAAAUGAUUGAAAAUGGUGAUUUUUCAAACUUGUUUGAACUCGAUGAAGGUCGCGCGAACGACAAAAUGGAUGUCGGAGAAGAAUCGAUUCGUCUGUCCGAAGCGUUCGACAAGGCUUUCUCCUCCAUUUCUCGUCUAGAAUCGAGUCGUGAUCCCACCGGUUCGAAGCAAUAUCAAAAUAGCUUAAAAGAAAUUAAAAAUUUAUUAGAAGAAGCUACACACAUGGUGAAUCAAAUAGGAAUAUUUAGCAAAAAUGAAGACAUUGAAGAAAUUCCUACAGCUGAUAUUAAAUAUUUGUUAUUACCAGCUCUUUUGGGAAGCGUGGUCACAAAAUGCAUGUGUGCUAAUCGUAAUGAAAUAUUGGAUAUUUCUGAGAUAUAUUUCAAAGAUUUCUUGAAACGAUGCAAAGAAUAUGGCAUAACAGAUGUAAUAAUUCCCGAUUCGUCAGAAUUCUCCAAAGACUUAUCAAAUAACGACGUUGAAUAUGCUCUGUUAAAACGACAGGAAAAAAUCACUCGCUACAAGCUUCAGAAAGAAAUGGAAAAGAAAAUUGAUAAUUUGAGAGUGUCUAUGGAGCAAUUAAAUGUUGAUGAAGAAAUUAAGAGGGAAUACUAUUUACUCUUAAUUAAAAAAUGGAUAGACACAUCUUUAGAAGAAUUGACAAGUAUUUAUAAUGAAAAACUUAUCUUGAAACAAAUGCCAUUAUUAAAAGAUCAAAAAUCUAAAGUUACGGAAGAAGUUUCUAAGAAGCCUUUGAAACCUGUCAUCAUCACAAGAAAUGAAUUACAGAAGAAAGUGUUUGGACUCGGCUAUCCGAGCAUUCCUAUAAUGACCGUUGACGAAUUCUAUGAUCAGAAAUAUGGUGAAGGAGGUCAAAAUAUGCCCUCGUCCAAGAAUAGUCUUCAGCAAAUGGCAGAGAAUCCCAAAUUAGCACAAACAGAAAAAGAAAAGGAGGAAGAGGAGGAGGAAAGAAAACUUGACAACGAUGAUUCGGAUGCUUUGAAGAAAGCUAGAGAAUGGGACGAUUGGAAAGACGAUCAUCGUCGCGGAUGUGGUAACAGAAAGAAUAUGGGAUGAGUGAAAGACGACCUAUUUCUACCGCUUUUUGUAUUUAAUUGUAAAUAAAUAAAUCUUCUUUGAAUAUUUA